CCCCGGGAGCAGCGGCGGCGGCGCCGCCAUGAAGCGGGACGUGCGCAUCCUCCUGCUGGGGGAGGCCCAGGUGGGGAAGACAUCUCUGAUCAUGGCUCUGGUGGGCGAGGAAUUUCCUGAAGAGGUGCCCCCUCGAGCGGAGGAGAUCACAAUCCCAGCUGACGUCACCCCUGAGAAGGUCCCCACACACAUAGUGGACUACUCAGAGUCAGAGCAGACAGAGGAUGAGCUGCAGGAGGAGAUCGCUAAGGCUAACGUGGUCUGCGUGGUUUACGAUGUCACCAAGGAGGCCACGAUCGAGAAGAUUCGGACAAAGUGGAUCCCCAUGGUGAACGGAGGAGUUGAAAAGGGCUCCAGGAUCCCCAUUAUUUUAGUGGGAAACAAGUCUGACCUGCAGGUGGGGAGCUCCAUGGAUGUCAUCCUGCCCAUCAUGAACCAGUUCUCAGAGAUCGAGACCUGUGUGGAGUGCUCUGCCAAGAACCUCAAGAACAUCUCUGAGCUCUUCUACUAUGCCCAGAAAGCUGUGCUGCACCCCACCGCUCCCCUCUACGACCCAGAGGAGAAGCAGCUGAAACCUGCGUGUGCACGAGCGCUGACCCGGAUUUUCAACCUCUCGGACCAGGAUAACAACCAGAUCCUUAGCGAUGAUGAACUCAACUACUUCCAGAAGUCCUGCUUUGGAAACCCACUGGCUCCCCAAGCCCUGGAGGACGUAAAGAUGGUUGUGUGGAAGAACACCACAGAUGGGGUGCAGGACAACGGCCUGACAUUGAAUGGCUUCCUUUUCCUCAACACACUCUUCAUCCAGAGGGGCCGGCACGAGACCACCUGGACCAUCCUUCGCCGUUUCGGCUACGACGAUGAGCUGGCACUGACAGAUGACUAUCUCUACCCACAGUUCCGCCUUCCCCCUGGCUGCUCCACGGAGCUCAACCACUUGGGCUACCAGUUCCUGCAGCGGCUGUUUGAGAAGCAUGACAAGGACCAGGAUGGAGCCCUGUCACCCAUAGAGCUGCAGAACUUCUUCAGUGUCUUCCCCUGUGUGCCCUGGGGCCCCGAGCUCUACAACACGGUAUGCACCACUGAUAAAGGCCUGCUUUCCCUGCAUGGAUUCCUCUGCCAGUGGACGCUCGUGGCUUACCUGGAUGUGCGGCACUGCCUGGAGUGCCUGGGCUACCUGGGCUACCCCAUUCUCUCGGAGCAGGACUCCCAGACACAAGCCCUCACGGUGACCCGGGAGAAGAGGAUCGACCUGGAGAAAGGCCAGACCCAGAGAAACGUCUUCCUCUGCAAGGUGCUGGGAGCCAGGGGCGCAGGCAAGUCUGCCUUCCUGCAGGCCUUCCUCGGCAGGAGCCUCGCGGCCCAGAGGGAGAACCCAGGAGAGCCAUCCCUCUACGUGAUCAACACGGUGCAGGUCAACGGCCAGGAAAAGUACCUUAUACUGUAUGAGGUCAGUGCCGACACGAAGUUUGUGAAGCCGUCGGACACAGCCUGCGAUGUCGCCUGCUUCAUCUAUGACCUGAGUGACCCCAGAUCCUUCAGCUACUGUGCCAGUAUUUAUAAGCAACACUACAUGGACAGCCAGAUCCCCUGCGUCUUCGUGGCCUCCAAGACAGACCUGCCAGAAGCAAGUCAGCAGCCUGGGCUCUCCCCUGCUGAGUUCUGCUACAAGCACUGCCUCCCGCCGCCCUUCCUCUUCUCCUGCCACAGCCAGGGUCCGCCCAGCACCACCGUCUACACCAAGCUGGCCACCGCUGCCACCUUCCCCCACUUGAACGCCGUGGAGCUGGGAGCCGCGUCCUUCUGGCUCCGGGUGGCUCUGGGGGCCACGGUGACUGCUCUGGUAGGGUUCACGCUGUACCGCGUGCUAGCCAAGAACAAAUGAGAGUCGCUCUCCACCCCGUCCUCCCUGUGACACCAGCCUCCCCGUCCCAAAUGACGACCCAGUGAGGGGCCCUGCCUCAAGCUGGUCCCUGGUGGGAAAUCCUCCUUUCCCCCCAGCCUGGAUUGCAGGACCAGUGAAACCGGACUUCCCAGCACCAGCAGGAUAGUUCCCCCAGCACUGGCCAGCCUAAUCCUGCUGGCCUCUGCAGCCUCCUCACCCACAUGGCUCCUGCCCAGCCGUGGCAGCAGGGGCCAGGCAGCUCUGCCUGGGGGCUCCACCUCACCGGCAGCUGGAGGAUCACCCUCAUCUUUUAUUCUGUUAAAUUUUUUUAACGUUUGUUUUUAAGCUCAAACAUUGAGUGUUUCAGUAUCUCUUGGGCCGGGCACAUCCCUUCCCCGGAGGGCUGUGCUGGUGCCCUCAAUUCUGGGGGGCAGCACUCCCACAGCCCCUCGUGCCUCCAGCAGCAGCAGAGCUGUUGGAUGGGCUCAUGGCUUCACCCCCCUGGGGCACACCUCCAUCCCCUGUCCCUGUUUCCCUCAGCCAGAGCUGGGAAAGGCAGCCGUGAAGGGCCAGGCACUUAGACCCCCCAAAGCCCCUGUGUUUUUGGAGUCACUCCUGGCCCCUCCUGCUGGGACACUGUGGCUGCAGCCCCCAGCCCCGGGCUGCAAGGGGAGGGAGUGAUACCAGGGUCUUGUCCUAGGCUCCUUCUCUCUCUUGUUUCUGCACAAAAAUACUUGGAGUCCUGCAGUGUGCUAGGCUCUCCGCCCAUCUGCCCUCCUCCCCUGCCUGGCUGCGUGGCCUGUCCCCUCCCUGCGUCACCAGUAUUCACGGCCGCCAGUAUUCUCAGGGCCCCAGGAGCCCUGGUAAGCUGGGGAGGGCUGUGAGGGUGUCAGGCUGCAGUCCUUUCGUGGCAGUGCCAUCCCUGAGCUGGUGCCACGCUGUGCCACAUGCUGGCAUAUGCCCCUUGUCCUGCUGUCCCCUCCACAGCGCCCUGGCCGCACUGAGGCUGUCCCAGAGUGCGAGGCUCUGGGUGUUGCAUCUCCUGGUACGACUGGAAGCUCUUUCCUCCCCUGUCCCCUGCCCCGAGCUGGCAUUAGCUGCCGGGCAGCUGCUGUGACUUCAGCUCAGCGCAAAUCUGGGGCCAGAGUCCCACCAUGUCCGUGUCUCCGAGUCCCAAAGAGUAAGGCCAGCCUGUGCUGGCCCCCACACAGCUCACACCCAUCCCUGGGCUCCCAUUCUUCCGGGGGGAGCCUGAGUCAGGUCCUGGCUCAGUAACACUAGCUCUUAGGCUUUUUGAGCACACUCAGGGUAGGUUUCUUUGCAGGCAGCUGGUGGGGCAGCACUGAGGUAACAGCUGGAGCUGCUUUUCUCUAUGUUUUGUCUAUUUAAACUUUUUAUUGUGGCCUGGAGCCAGUGAGGGGGUUGAGAAGUUGCUGGGCAGCAGCCAGCAUCUUAUGGGGGCAGUCCCAGGGUGGUGCCCCUAUCCUGCCGGUGCCUGGUCCCCAGCGCUGGCCGGAUGAGGGGGUCCCUGCCUGUGCUGGUGCCACUCUGCCAGUCAGGCACCCGCUGCUGGCCUGUGGUUCAUGGCACUGCCAAGGCCACAUCUCUGGUGUUCCUGUAUCCCUUCUCCGUGCCCAAGCCCACCACGCGUGGCUCUGCUAGCCAGGCCCGUGUCUGGUGGUCUGACCCCGCUCCUGGCACCAGUCCAUGUCUGGCAAAGCCAUACCGUUUUAGGAGGUUUGUUCUCUACAUCAAAAUAAAUUUUUAC